AUGACCCCUGCUCUUCUCACGGCGCAAAGCUGCGUCGGCCAUGUCCACCUCGUCCUUGGGACUGGGCCACUUGCGGCUUCACGGUGCGCAAAGUUGCUCGAGGUCGGCGCCCGCCCUGUCAUCGUCGCCCCCGACACUGCGGACCUCCAUUUCACGUUAGCCCAAGCUGUCGAAGACGGAAGAGUGCGGUGGAUACAGCGCGGAUUCGAAGAGACGGACUUGAGGACACUAGGCAGAGAAGACGUCGACGGGUUUGUUGACGCGGUAUUCAUCACAUGGCCUGCAAAAGAUCCUCGGACCAGUCACCUCUCCCAACUCUGCAGACGUCUCCGGAUACCUGUCAACGUGGUGGAUGCCCCCUCACUUUGCACCUUCACGCUCCUCUCCACAUACUCCGAUGGACCACUGCAAAUCGGCAUCACCACCUCGGGUAACGGCUGCAAGCUGUCGUCACGCAUUCGACGAGAGAUCGCGUCAAGUCUGCCGCCCAAGUUCGGUGUGGCGGUGGACCGGCUUGGGGCAAUGAGAAGGCGGAUCUGGGAGGAAGAUUACAGACUGAACCACACCAAUGACACAGAAACUCUCGAGGUGGAUGGUGAAGACGAGGAGGCCGCUGCCCAGAAGCAUACCUUCAACUCACUAGUGAAGGAGGACGAUCGGGACCCAACCACCCUGCGCACACGUCGAAUGAGAUGGUUGUCACAGAUAUGCGAAUACUGGCCUCUGAGCCGGCUAGCCGCCAUCACCGAUGCAGAUGUUUCGGCCAUCCUCGAGGCUUAUCGGUCUCCCGCUGAAACCCCCGCUCCCUGCUCCGGAGCCACGAACGAUCUCCUUCCUCCAUCUGGGUCUCAAAAAGGCACUAUCACUCUAGCGGGCUCUGGGCCCGGACACCCCUCCCUACUGACGAUUGCUGCCCACACUGCCAUUCAAACCGCACAUUUCAUCCUAGCUGAUAAGCUUGUGCCCGCUGAGAUCCUCAAUCUCUUCCCUCGGAGAACGCCAGUGCAUAUUGCGCGGAAAUUCCCCGGCAACGCUGACGCCGCUCAAGAGGAACUGUUACAGCUGGGCCUCGAAGCGUUGAAACAAGGCAAGGAUGUUUUACGGUUGAAGCAGGGCGAUCCUUACCUGUACGGCCGAGGAGCCGAAGAAGUCACCUUCUUCCGGGCCCAGGGAUACCAAGUCAGAGUCAUCCCCGGAAUCACUAGCGCUUUGUCGGCGCCGCUUUUUGCAGAAAUUCCAGUGACUCACCGCGCGGUUGCAGAUCAAGUGGUCGUCUGUACGGGCACUGGGCGAAAGGGCGCGGCCCCGGAGCCCCCUUCGUACAGAAAGAGCAAGACUGUCGUGUUCCUGAUGGCGCUGCACAGACUGGAGAGCUUGGUCAAAAGUCUUACGGGACACGUAGACGAGCAAGACCCAACCGCUCGGCAACGUGCAUUGUGGCCGUCGAGAACGCCCUGUGCCGUGAUCGAAAGAGCAAGUUGUCCAGACCAAAGGGUGGUGCGAUCUACUCUAGAGCAUGUCUGUCAAGCAGUAGAAGAGGAGGGGUCCAGACCUCCGGGGCUUCUCGUGGUCGGUGCCGCUUGUGAAGUGCUUCACAAGCUAGGUGGAGGAAGGAGAUGGUCUGUCGAAGAAGGGUUUCGAGAUCUUGAUACAAUCGGAUCUCCCGGUAGCGACACAGAAAGGUUGAGGGGAGUCGAGUCGACCUUGGUGAAAGAUGGGCUGUCGAUGACAGGGCCUGUACCAGGGGUCACGCCUUUGGGCUAA